AUGUAUAACCCUAUAUCGGGCUGGCGCCGGUCUCCUGCCGGGCUUCUUGUUGCCUCGGGGCCUCGGCGCCGCGUGUCGCCGGCGACUCUUCGGCACGCGCCCGGCGGCCUCGUCGACGCCCCGUCGAGUCCCGGCCCGGCCAGCCUCGCGCUCCGUACGGCCUACAUCGCGCUGGGCGGCAACCUCGGCGAUCGCGUCGCUGAAAUCGAAAGGGCGUGUCGCGAGAUGCAUCGGCGUGGGAUCCGCAUCAAGCGCACCAGCAGCCUGUGGGAGACGGAACCCAUGUACGUUGUCGACCAGGACCGCUUCAUCAAUGGCGCUUGCGAGGUCGAGACGGAGUUGGAGCCUUUGGCCCUGCUAGACGAGCUUCAAGCAAUCGAGAGGGACAUGGGGCGGCGCAAGCUCAUCGACAAGGGCCCCCGCAACAUCGAUCUCGACAUCCUGCUCUACGGCAACGACAAGAUCGAGCACGAGCGGCUCACGGUGCCGCAUGCCGGUAUUGCCGAGCGCGAGUUUGUCCUGCGGCCUCUAGCGCAGCUGAUCCCGUCCAAGCCGUUUGACGCGUGCAAGCCAUGGAAGGUGGUGCAGGACUACCUAAAUGAGCUUCCGCCGGGCGAGCCGCUCUCAUCCGUCACCCCGCUGGCGCCCUCGUGUCCUCCCCUUACGCCCCUGGUGCCGAACCGCAAGACCCAUGUCAUGGCCAUCCUGAACCUGACGCCAGACUCCUUUUCAGACGGGGGACGCCACACCCUCGGCAACCUGUCGAGCACCGUCGUCGACAUGGUCCGCGGCGGGGCCACCAUUAUCGAUGUUGGAGGCCAAUCGACGGCGCCGGGCCGGGCUCAGGUCACGGCUGAGGAGGAGGCGGCUCGCGUCGUCCCCGCCAUUGAACUCAUCCGAUCUCUUCCCCAAGCGCGCGGCACGGCGAUCAGCGUGGACACGUAUCGCGCCUCAGUCGCUGAAAAGGCGAUUGCCAGCGGCGCCGACAUCAUCAACGAUGUCUCGGCCGGCACCCUCGACCCAGACAUGCUCCCCACCGUUGCCCGGCUGGGCAGCACCAUCUGCCUGAUGCACAUGCGAGGCACGCCACAGACCAUGAUGGACCUGACGGCGUACCCGCGCGGCCUGGUGCCGACCAUGGCGUCGGAGCUUCUUGCGCGCGUCGCAGCGGCCGAACAGGCGGGCAUACGACGGUGGCGGAUCAUUCUCGACCCCGGCAUCGGCUUUGCCAAGACGGGCGCGCAGAACCUGGAGCUGCUGAGGGGCCUGGACGACCUCAGACGCUGGCCAGGGCUCGAGGGCUUGCCGUGGCUUGUGGGCGCCAGCCGGAAGGCCUUUGUUGGCAAGGUGACGGGGGCGGUGCAGCCAUCUGAGCGGAUCUGGGGCACGGCCGCGACCGUGGCGGCUGCGGUGCAGGGGGGCGCCGACGUGGUGCGGGUGCAUGACGCCAGAGAGAUGGCCAUGGUGGCGGCCAUGUCGGAUGCCAUCUGGAGAUCUCCAUAG